GCCGGCCGAGACGCUGAGGGGCCGACCGCCUGUACACGACAGCUUCAUCGCCACGGAACCCGGCCCGGCAGUCACUCUGGAACAGGCCGUGAGACGGCACCUACAGCGACCACGGGCCGCUGACGUCUUCACACGGCAGCAUGGCGAAGCGGGUUGAGGGCUCGGCCCCCGUCAAGGACCGCAUCCACUGGCAGCAGGUGGCCGCCGCCACCAUCGCUAACCUGAGCACGCUGUGCGUGGGCUGCGCCAUGGGCUGGACGGCGCCGGUGCUGCCCGAGCUGGAGCGUCUGCUGGAGCAGCCGGGCGCCGGGCUGGUGGAGGGCGAGCCGCUGAGCGCGGCGCAGGGCGCCUGGGUGGGCGCGCUGCUGCCGCUGGGGGCGCUCGCCGGCUCGCUGCCCGCCGGAUUCCUCACGCACCGCUACGGCCGCCGCCUGCCGCUGCUCGCCUUCGGCGCGCUGCUCUGCCUCGGCUGGCUGCUGCUGCUCUUCCACGAGUGGGUUUCGUUGCUGAUGGUCGGCCGGCUGGUGUGCGGCCUGGCGUCGGCCGGCGUGACGACCAUCGCCCCGCUGUACGCCGAGGAGGUGGCGGCGCUGGAGGUGCGCGGCGCGCUGGGCACGCUGCUCGACCUCAUGCUGGCCGCCGGCCUGCUGGUCGUGUACGGGCUGGGCAUCGUGCUGCCCGUGCGCUGGCUCACCGCCGCCAUGGCCGCCCUGCCGCUCUGCUUCUGCGUCGCCUUCUUCACGAUGCCGGAGUCCCCCGAGUACCUGCGCCGCCGGGGCAAGCAUGACGAGGCCCAGCGGGCGGCCGCCUGGCUGCGGCUGGACCACGGCUCUGCAGAGCUGGUGCCCGUGCUGACCGAGACGCAGCAGCUGAAGCAGCAGCAGCGCCACCGGGAGGGGCAGGGUCAGCGCUGGGAGCAGGCGCAGCGCAGCGUCCAGGCGCUUUCCGAGAAGAAGCCCACGGCGCGCGCCUGCAUCUUGGUCUUCUCGCUCAUGGCCUUCCAGCAGCUCAGUGGCAUAGACGCCAUACUCUUCUACACCGUCGACAUAUUCCAGGAAGCAGGGACGUCCAUCUCCCCGCAGCUGUCGAUGGUGAUAACGGGUGCCAUCCAGUUCGUGGCGACCGGAUUCUCUUCGGUGCUGGUGGAGAACGCGGGUCGUCGCCCGCUGAUGAUCAGCUCCGGGCUGCUGAUGACGUUCUCGCACUUGACGCUGGCGGUGCACCAGGGCUGGCCGUGGCUGCAGCUAGUGGCCGGCUGGCUGCCGCUCGUGGCCAUCAACCUCUUCCUCAUCGGCUUCGCCGUGGGGCUGGGCCCGCUGUCGUGGCUGCUGAUCGCCGAGCUGCUGCCGCCCGGAGACAAGCGCUGGGCCGUCGGCGCCGCCACCUCCGUCAGCUGGCUCGCCUGCGCCCUCAUGACCGGCUUCUUCGACGAGUUCGUCCGCCUCUUCGGCACGUCGGCCGCCUACUGGGUGCUGGGCUGCAUCUGCGCCGCCUACACAGUCUUCGUCACGGCGCUUCUCCCGGAGACGCGCGGCCUCACGGGCCACCAGAUACAGUGCCACCUGUCGAGGCAGGGCGGCACCUCCUGCUGCAUAAGUUCCGGCAGCUGCGACAACGUGCAGGAGACCGACCAAACGUCAGGACAUGUCUAGCAGCAAGUGGCUUUCUCUCCCAGCAAGACCGAAAAGAGACUGUGCUGUUGCCCUCAUUAGAACUGUUUGGAAAGGAAAAGAACACUUCUGCCGCAGUUGAUAUAGUAGUCAAUGAAUCAUCAAACACACACCCUCUCUCUCUCUCUGUCUAUACGCACACACAUAAACAGACACACACACACACACACACACACACACACACACACUAUCUCCCAUCAGUCACUUGCGAGGUAAAAUAAUAGACUGAAAUUGUUGAUGACUUUCCCCUUCACAAAGGCUACCGGCAACUUACUAUGGUACUAUCUAUUUUGGGUCGACAAUCUUUUCACUCGUUUGACGCUGUUUACCACGACUUCUUCUUCUCUGCUUAUCUCUUCAUCGGAAACUAGUACUUGCACUCAACACCCUCAAUUAUUUGUUGAGUGUAUUCCGAUCUCCUCCCCUACUCCCCUCUGCAGCUCCAUCUAUUUCUUGAUGUAUUGAUACAUGUCCUAUCAUCCUGUCGCUUUUUCUUGUAUGUGUUCUCUAUGUGUUCCUUUCUUCUUUCACUCUGCGAACCAUGUUCUUACGUUAUCAGUCCAACUAAUGUCCGCCCCCGGUAGCUGAGUGGUAACUGAGUGGAAGGAUCAACAAUCGGACUUUAACGGAUGUCACGUGACGUCCGCAACGACCAAACUCAACGAUAAAAAAAAAAAGUGGUCAGCUCGACAGGCUGUCAAUCCUAAGGGCCCGGUUUUGAUUCCCGGCUGGGUCGGAGAUUUUCUUCGCUCAGGAACUGGGUGUUGUGUUGUCCUAAUCAUCAUCAUUUCACCCCCAUCGACGCGCAAGUCGCCGAAGUGGCGUCAAAUCGAAAGACUUGCACCAGGCGAGCGGUCUACCCGACGGGAUGCCCUCGUCACACGACAUUAUUAUAUUUAGUCCAACUAAUUUACAACAUCCUUCUAUAGCACCACAUCUCAAAUACUUUGAGGCUCUUCUUUUGCGUUUCUCCCACAACCCAUCAUUCACUUCGAUUCAAUGCUGUGCCUCAAACAUGCGCUCUUAGAGAUUUCUUCAUCAAAUUGAGGUCGAUGUUUGGUACGAAUGUCCUCUUUUUCUGUCCUAACCUUAUUUCGAUGUCCUCUUUGCUUUUUCCGCCGUGUGCUGUUUAACUUCUAACGUAGCAGAAUUCCUUCACUUCAUCUAUUUCGUGGUCACAAAUUCCGAUGUGAAGUUUAUCGCUUAUCUCAUUUCUGCUACUCCCCAUCACUUCCGUCUUCUCUCUAUUUGCCCUCAACGCAUAUUCUAUACUCACUAUACUGAUUAUUCCACUCAGCAGGUCUUGUAAUUCUUCUUCACCUUCAGUGAGGAUAGCCCUGUCAUCAAUGAAUCUCAUAACUGGUACCCUUUCACUCUCAGUCCCACUCGUGAACGUAACUCCUACUUCCGUUAUUGUGUUUACGGUGUGUAGAUUGAACAGUAGUGCCGGGAGAUUGCAUUCCCUUCCUUACUUCCUUUUUAAUCUAACUGUUCCCUCCUGAUUUUUGUACAUAGUCUUUUCGGCCAUGGUUCUAUACAGCUUGCACUUAUUUUCCUUAGGACCAUCAAGAUCUUGCACCAUUUGACAUUGUAGAAUGAAAUUACAGAAAAAAUCAUCUAGACAACCGUCAGCGCCCACCAAUGUUUCAGUGUGAUGAUACAGAAAAUCUUGUGGAGAAGAACAUUUUAGUCGGAGUUGGUGCGUUAAUCAUUGAAAUUAUCAAAUUCUCUCUCUCUCUCUCUCUCCCUCUCCCUCUCUCUCUCUCUCUCUCUCUCUCUCUCUCUCUCUCCCUUUCUCCCUUGCCCCUUCCUCUCUCCCUAUUCCUCCCUCCCUAAAACACACACACACACACACACUAACAAACAAAGAAACAAACACUUUUGAGAACUCAUUUUCCCUUUCUUUGCUAUUGUGCGCAUCGAAAAGAUUGUUAAAAGCUAACUAAAAUAUAUUGGUAAUAAUUAUUGCUCAUUAUUUAAGUGAGAUGAUAUAGUGAAAUGACUGGAGAGAAGGUGCAUAGUGUUAUUGCCCUCCUAUAGACUCAGCUUUCUACAAUCUGUUUGAUUGUGCACACAUCAAUCCGAUCACUCAGGUCAUUAAUUCUAAUUCUGAGGCACCAUUUGUGUUUUCCGUCGUGAAACAAAUCCUGUGCCUGUAAUACAUAUAUAGCUGGACGCGAAUUAGUUUGUAUGAUUUGUUAAGAAGGAUAGACAGGAUUUCAUACAAAUUGAUGAUUAUUAUUCUAUUGUCAUCUCCUAAUUUUUCUUCUGAUCUAACUCUCCAUGUAUUGUUGCAAGGCUUUCUCAAACACUGAUCUUAAUCCCACGCUUUGGUAGCAGGGUAUGCGAGUGUAUACGAGUCAGGAUAGUUUUUGUUUCAUUUUUUCACACACUCACUCAGAGUCAGUGUUCUCCUUUGUUGUGCGGUGAACAAAUUUGAAAGCAUUUGGAGCCAACUGCUUUAGGCAGUUAAAAAAUUGUCCCAUCGAGAGUCCUUGCACAGUGUGCGCAUCAUUCUAGUGAAUAUAAGUACUUUCAAGUUACUUUACCGAAAUUCAGUCCUAUUGUUUUAAUUUUGUUAAUAAUUUCCAGAAUCCCUGAAAAUCAAAAACCAAAAUUAAUUACAAAUACUGUAGUCAAUUACGCAGAACUAGUCUGGGCCGUAUAUCUGGGUAACGGUAUCUGCUUAAAAAGUAGACGUACUCUUGCAUUUGCUUUAUUAUAACUGAAGAUGCCACAUAAACUGUAUAAAGCAGAUACAACACCAACCCCUUGCCAUAAUUCAGUUUUGUGAAGAUGUAAAGGAUUAUUAUCGAUAUCCUUCGCAAAGAGUAUAGAUUGUGUUAUGAAAAAUCGGAUCACAUCGAAUUGACAAGGAAUAGGGGUCCGUCAGAAGAUGACUUUGUAAUAGCAGUCCUCACUGUAAUUGUUGUUCGCGUCAGUGAUUCAUUGAAGUAUGUCUUAAAAAUUGUUGAUUAACCGAUGGUAAUUAACGAGCACUUUAUAUCUGGUAAAGAUACAAGAGCUCCGCUCAUAGUACCUGGAAUAUUCGUUUCGUUGGCUUUCUUUAGUCAUCAAUACAUUGGACGUAUAGGGAAGACAGCUACUCAGGAUGUAGAGUCAUAUAUGCAGGCGGGCAGUGCACUCUUCUCCGUCGUUUAGUUUAUCGGUUCUCAUUUUUUUAAAUUGAAAUUUAUGAGUCAACCUGCUUUCGAAGGCAUAAGGGAGCGGUACCAUAUCGUGCAGAUGUAAAGAAAUUGCUUCUGUCUAAUCCGUGAUUAAGUCACCUACGAAAUAAAUUCUACAACCAUUUAGAAAGUUGAUAAGUUUUAUUGCUCUCAAGAAUAUUGUUAAAAAUAUGUUGUUGUGUUUUUGUUCCAUGCCAAUACACGCUCAUAUUUGAUGGCUUAUUCAGUCUGGCUGUAUGUUGCAUAGUGUUCCCAGUGCCAACACUGCAGGCGAAAGCAACGAGUUUACAUUAAAGAAACUAAGAUUUACUUUUGCAUUCUUAAUUUAAGCACACAGAAUAUUAAAAAAAAAAAAAACAGUUUCAGCAACAUCUAAGUUGGAAUACCGAAGGAUAAGUAACCGAUUGUUCAGCCUUGCCAGGUUCAACGUCACAACAGCGUGACCCAUUUAAAAUGUGAAAUACAAAAUAAUAUUCCAGACGAGAACGUAUAGAUCUUCAGAUGUGGCAUAUCGUGGAUGUCACACAUUUUAUUGUUGUGAAUCAAGCCGACAGUCACUGCAGUGACUGAUUCUGAGAAGCUACAAUAAAAAUCUUAAGAAGAAAGCUUCCUAAAUAUGUCCCUAAAAAUUAGUGCAGUUAAUGUCUUUAAACUUCAGUAUUACAUUCUAAACAUAAACCGAAAGAAAGAAUCUCCAGUGAAUUUCUAGUGCCUACAAAAUCCCAAUACUUCUUCAAAAACAGAGACAGCGACUGAAGCUAGUGAAUUCAUAUAAUACGCUUCGGUUUAAUUACCCGAAAACGUUCCCUCCUGAUGCCAACGGCUUGCCGCAGUGGUAACACCUGUUCUCCUCAGAUCACCGAAGUUAAGCUCUGUUGGGUUUGGCUGGCACCUAGAUGGGUCACCAUCCGUGUCUGCCGAGUGCUGUUGGCAAACGGGGUGCACUCAGCCCUUGUGAGGUCAACUUAGGAGCUACUUGACUGAAAAGUAGCGGGGCCGGUCACGAGAACUGACAACGGCCGGGAGAGCUCUGUACUGACCUCAUGUCCCUUCUUAACCGCAUCCGGAGACGCCUAAGGGCUGAGGAUGAGGCGGCGGCCGGUCGGUACCGUCGACUUUUCAAGGCCUGUUCGGACGGUGUUGGUUUUGUUUCUGCCUUGUAGAUACCUCUUCAGAAAAUGUUCCGGGGCUCCGGAGUGCUACGUCAUGAAGUAUUAUAUUGUUUUCUUUAUGUAGAAUUGAUGACAUUUAACUGGUUAUAGCAGCUGGAAAUACUUUCUGUAACACAAAGUUUUAUCUUAUCUGAUAUUAAGGUUGUCAGGAAAUCGUAUGCCAUUUACUUUAUUUCACUCGCAGAUUGGCCAAAUUUCUCUUCGGUCGCCUGCGAGAAGUUUGUCUCUUUGUAUAGGGAUUUGCUGAAGUGCUUUACUGCUGUGUUCCUGCUACAGCGCUGCCCUGGAGACAAGCAAUGCUGGUACUGAUUCUGCAUCUGCAUCUACCCUCUGCAAACCACUGUGAAGUGCAUGGUAGAUGACACGUCCCACUGAACCAAUUAUUAGAGUUUUCUUCCGUUCCAGUCACGUAAGGAAGGCGGGAAGAAUGAUUCUUUAAAUGCCUCCGUGUGUUUUCUAAUUAAUCUAAUGUUGUCCUCGCGAUUCCUACGGAUGUGAUACGUAGGGUUUGCGGUAUCAUCAUUUCAAGCCGGUUCCUGAAACUUUAUAAGUAGGCUUUAUCGGUACCAUUUACGUCUAUCCCCAAGAGUUUGCCAGUUCACAUUCCUACUCAUCUCUGUAACGCUGUCCCACAGGCCAAAGAAACAUGUGACCAUUUGUGCUACCCUUCUAUGUAUACGUUAAAUACCCACUGCUAGUUUUAUCUUCUGUGAGUCCCACACACUUGACCAAUUUUCUAGGAUGGGCCACAUGAGUUAUUUUUAAGCAAUCUCCUUUGUAGACUGAUUGCAUUUCCCCUGUAUUCUACCACUAAAACAAUAUAUCUGUUUUACUCAGGACUGACCCAUCAUUCCAUUUCAUAUCCCUAUACAGCGUAACACUGAGGCUUUUCUAUAAGUUGACUGAUCUUAUAGUCAUAGGAUACUACCAUUUUUCGUUUUGUGAAGCGCACUUCUUCUUCUGCUUGUAACUUCUGCUUUUUGCUAGCUUGGAAGUAACUUUAUAUGCUCUGGCAAAGAAAAAAUAUUAUCGUAUCAAAAACAUUACCUUUUUACCUAUUGUAAGGAAAUUCAUAAUUUGCUCUGUUAAUGCACAAGUUCGUGUUUCAUCAAGUAGGAAAAUGGAACAAAAUGCGAUAGAUGAUAGCUUAAUUUUUUUUAAUCAGAUGAAGAAAUUCAGCAUAAAACGUUUGUUACAUUAAUAUUACAUACAAACUAUUUACAAGGAAGUGUAAUUUCAGUGGGAUAAAUGUAGUAAAAAAAAUCAAUGAACAAUAGAUUUCUUAAAAAUACACAUCCGACAGAAUAUCAUACACAGUACAUGUUCACCUAUCAAUCACAAAAGUGGUUCCUGAGCAUAUCUCAUACGUGUGCCUUUCUAGCUUUAAUUAACACACAGACACUAUUGUGCAAAACUUUGAAGUGUACGAAUAUCAGUUUUAGGUCUCGUGUACAAAUAAAACAAUUUAUGUGUUCGUUAUUGUAAUAGUAUGAAAAAACUAGACACGUGAAGUGCUUGUCAGUUUAUUAUAUUAAAAGUAUAAAAUAAUUAAAGAACUAAA